GCUCUUUCAUAAUGGUCAAGAUUUCCACCGUCGCUGUCACCUCUGCGCUCGUCGCGUCUGUCGCCCCCUCGGUUAUGGCUGCCCCAUGCCUUCGAGGUGUGACUCCCACUAGGCUCCGCACCAUGGACCUGACCGCACGAGAGCUGGAGGCAAUUGAACUGUACGAACGUGAUCCCCUGUUCGGUCUCAUCGCCAAGGGUGCCAGCCUACUCGGCGGCCUCUUCAAGAAGAGGAAGCGUGACCUCGGUGACGCAUUCGACCUUUACGAACGAGAGCUCCAAUUCGAGGAUAUGGAUGCUCGGGACCUUGCUGAGAUCGAGCUCUAUGAACGUGACCCCUUGUUCGGCCUCAUUGCCAAGGGAGUCGGCAUGCUUGGAAGCAUCUUCAAGAAGAGGAAGCGCGAUCUUGGUGAUUUCGACCUCUAUGAAAGGGACUUUGAGAAUAUGGAUGUCAGGGAUAUCUUCGAAACUCUGGAUGCGAGAGGGUUCUUCGAUGAUGUAGAAGUGAGAGAGCUCGCUGAUGAGUUCGGAGCGAGGGAGCUGUUCGACGACUACGAAGUUCGUGAUUUUGACCUGAAUGAAUUAGACUAGAUCGUGCGCUUCUGUCCAUUCAUGUAACUCCCACAUGCCAGAAUCUAGACCUUCCGC